GGGGGGCCAUGUCGGAGUCGCUGGCGCAAGACAACGGCUGGGGUGGGGGGCCGCCGGCGGGGGGCGCAGGGGAGGGGGGCCCGGCCGUCGUGCCCCCCGAACGCUACGAUGCCAACCGGGCCAAGACAGCCGCCAGCCUCGCCUGGCUCCUCGGCAAGGCGUACGGCGCUGACCAUGUGCCGGAGCACUUGCGUGACCCCUUCUACACGGACCAGUACGAGCAGGAGCACAUCAAGCCUCCCGUGACGCGCCUGCUGCUCACCGGGGAGCUCUACUCUCAGGUUUGCCUGCUGGUGAUGCGCGGGGGCGGUGGCGGUGGCGGCGGCGGCGACAGGGGCCCCACCGCGGGUCCCGGCGGGGGCCACGGGGCCGUGGUGCGGGCUCUGGCUGACAAGGGCCUUCACGUGGUGGGCGGCGGUUCUGGGGAGACCCCCAUCACGGAGGAUGACCUGGCGCACACGCCCAUCAACAUGGUGGCUCACCUGGCUCUGAUGGACGCGCUGAUGAUGGCGGUGGCGGUGGAGAUGAUGAGCGUGGAGCGCGUGGUGGCGGCCGUGCAGCGCUUCUCCACGUUCUCCGCCUCGCAGGAGCUGCCCUACGGCCUGGAAGACGCCAUGCUCUUCUGGAUCAACAAGGUGAACAUGAAGAUGCGCGAGAUUGUGGAGGCUGAGUGGAAACUGCGACAGAGAUCGGAGUCGCCUGCCCACCACAAGUCUCCCUCCAAGUGGUACUGGAAGCUGGUGCCACAGGUGCGCUACCGACGCGACGGGCCGCGCCAGCUCCCGUUCUUCCCGCAGCUCGAGUCUCUGCUGGCGGGGCUGUCCGACGGUGCCGCGCUAGCGGGCCUGCUGCACUACUACUGCCCCUCCCUGCUGCACUUGCAAGACGCGUACCUGCGGGAGGCGAUGUCGGUGGCCGACAGCCUGCACAACCUGAGUGCCGUGCGGGCGCUGGCGACGGCGCACCUGGGCCACUGCUUCUACCUCACCCUGGAGGACGUGCUGUACGCACCAGCCUGCCUCAAGCACAACGUGAUGGUGCUUGUGGCCGAGCUCUUCUGGUGGGUGGAGGUGGUGCAGCCGGACUUUGUGCAGCCGUGCGUGGCGCCGCCGCUGCCCGCUGAUGCAAGGAGCACGACCCCCAAGUUGAUGCGUCCCCACGUGCCCAUCUCCAACGCCACCAAGCGCAGCUUCCGCGCUCCCAGCAGCCCCCGAGCCUCGGCGCACAUCUCGCACAGCAACCCCGACAUCAGCAAGGGCGGCGCAGGCAGCGGUGUCGGCGCCUCGUCGGGUCCCAGCCCGUCUCACCCGCUGCUGCCUCUCCGUCCGCGACAGCAGAGGCUGCCCGUGCAGGGAGCCACGGGAGACACACCCGUGCCCCCGCUGUUCCGCUCCAACUCGCUGACGCGUGUGGACGGCUCCCCGAAGCGCGGCUCCGUCAUCGCGUGGCCCGAGAGGAGGCAGAGUGUGUCGGGGUGA